CUGCCAUGCCGACAAUCAGAGCGACAACGUCGGCGACGCUGGUGUUUGUUAGAUUUUUAUUUUCACUUUAAUACAUUUGACUGCGACGAUAGUAGAAAAAAUUAAUUUCAUUCAAAAUUAAAACAGAUCCAGCAUCAGCAAACUGUCGUAGAUUUUAGUAAUUGUAGGGUGAAGGUUUUAACAGUGAAUUAAGUAGGCUGUGAUUGUAAAAUGGCAGUGAAUGGCAGUAACUAAGCGAGCUGGUCUCGAUUAGGCUGACUAGCAAAAGACUAGUCAGGAGGAGAACGAGAAAGUGAAGGUGAAAUUGUAAGUCUGUAUACAGUGUACAUAUCGUUGGCAGAAGUGGUUGUGGUGGUUUCAAUAAGAAGCUAAUCAGUGCGAAGUGAUGGAAGCCGAUUUCAAUGCUUUUGCUGAAUCACUAUCAGCUUCCUCGGAAGAGGAUGAUGAUUUUUCUACGGCUGAUGAUACUUCGGAUGAUUCCGAUGGCGUCAGUAGUGGCGUACAGCUGCAGCAAAUGAGCAAACAGUUUUGUAGCACGAGAAACGCGACUGACACAAAUAACAAUCCUAAAAAUUUGGUGCAAAAAAUAUAUAAUAGGGAGCGUACUGACAAUUUCGCGGGUAGAACGCGUUCAGCCCAUGCACCACAACGCGCUUAUGAGCAAUUGCCAAAUAGAUUAAGAUUUUGCCUCAAGGAUAUUGUGCCGAAAUGCUUCCUACAAGGUCACAUGUUUAUGGGCCUUAGCGCCUGCGGUCAAUUCCUCCUAAGCUAUAAAGUGUGCUGCAAUGAUAAUAUGAUGACCAACCACUAUUCAUUUGGUUAUGGCUAUAAAUAUACAUUGUACUUUUGGGUCUACCAACCGCACAAACCAUUACGCAGUUUCUUCAAGUGCUGCCUGUUUGAUGAUCAUGGUGUUGACAAUCUAAAGAAAGUGACGAUGACCCAAUGGAAGUGUUCCGAUCCUCGUAUUCUCAUCAUACAUGGGGCAGCUGAAAAUGAAAAUGAGGAUUCAUAUAUUACCUACGUUAAAGUUCCUAAACUCGGUUGUUUAGAUUGUAGAAAACUCCGGGAUAAUGAAGAUAGUACAUACUUCCGCUGGCAUAUGCUCUGCUUGAAGUGCAACCUAACCAUACACACAAAGUAUUCUUCAACAGAAUCCGAUCCAAAAUUCGACCCACAUAUAAACCUUAUAUGUCCUGAACGUGUUUUAAUAGUCUCUAACGGUUUUAUGCAUAUGAUGCAUAUUGAAAUAAUGCCUGCUGCAGGCACAACCAAUUCUCCGCACCCAGCACAGCAAAACCAUCUUCUAUUAUCUAGUCGCAGCACACCGUGCCAUGAAUCAUCAGCUGUGAGCACAUCGAGCAUGGAUCGUCGCUUACUGCCGCUGACUGCCGACGAGCAAGCCAGUUGUGAUAAUCACAAUAACGUCAUCGCACGCAUUAUUGCCGACUUUAGUGACAUUGAGACGGAUUCCACGCAUUCCAGCGAAACACCGAUACGGGCAUCACAAAGUGAGGCAUCACUCACCUCACCCGGUUCAGCAGUGACAUUUAUUUCACGUAAAACUUACGAUGAAGUGAUUUUCACCUGCAGUGGCAGCGCUUCACCCAACGCUGGCGCAGCCACAAGCAGCAGCAAUGCAAACAAUGCCAACAAAAUGACUGAAACCACGGCGAGCGCCGCAACGACGGGAAUCAAUAGUAGCCCCGGUGGCGGUAGCGCAGCGCGUUUUAGUUUAAUUAAUCAUCGCGGCAGGCGUCAUCAUCGCAUCGUCACAAAAUCUUUUCGCAAUGGCGUUACAACCAUAGAUCUGCAGACAACAGUUCCCACCACCAACGCAACUCCGGCUACGGCAACAAUGGCCGAUCGGCUUAACGCCUAUGAAUUUACCGAGGAUAACGAGAAAUGUGAGAAGAUCUCCACUCUGCGCAAACGUCGCUUGGCCGAUAAAAAGUAUGAAUUUUCCGAGGACAACUCUGAGAAUAUCGUGCCGUUUACGAAAAUACGUUCGGCCAACAAAAAUCUCACCAUGUCGCAUUAUACCUCGUCAUAUGGCAAUAGUGGUGCGCGUACGCUGCAUCGUUCAGCCACCGCAACUGCGGGCACUGGUUCACACCAUUUCUACAAUUCACCAUGCGCUUCGCCAUCAUCAUCGCCCCGUCCAUCGCACGCUUCACCAUCGAAUUGCAACGAUGCGCGUCACUGCACACCGCCGCCUAUGCAUCGCGCUUCGCCCAUCACUUCGCUGCAGCAAGGCUUUCGUUCGCCGCCAUGCAGUUCACCUGUUGCUGGUGGCCACAUACGUUCACCCAGCCGUCACGUGACGCCAGCACACAUUUACGGCUCCAUUUCGCCACCGCAAACCAUCUCAACAGCGACACAGCAAAUGCUAAGCUUCAAGCCGUUGGGUACAUUAUCGCCACUGCAAGUAUCGCUGGCCAAGCGUCAUCUGGACUUGAGCGGCGCCAUGUCGCCGAAUGCCAAUGCGCCCUUCCUAUCGCCACGCCGCGAAGAGAAUCGUGUGGUGGAGCUGCCAUUGCAGGCAAACACAUCGUCAGAGAAACCGCUGUGCACGAAAAAAUUCAAGCGUCGCUUCGUGGAGGAAGACGAUGCCGCUUCGGUCAUAACCAGUGAAGAGGAUGACUGCAUAUCACCUGGCUAUCACACCUCACUGCCAGUUGAAGUGCAUGGCUCGUGCUAUUCGGAAAUGCAAAUGAUUUCGCAGGCCACUUACCAACAACUCAAUUGUCCCAGUGUGGUGAUAACACAGCACUCGUUCGAUUUGGAGACCUUUACGUACUACACCAUAAGCGCGCUGUGCCAGAAAAAUGAGAAAACCUACGAUGUCUUCUAUGACUGGGCGUGUGAACUAAUAAGGGUUUGCCCUCUCAGUCAGACGAUCAUUUGCCUGCUGAUGGCACAGUUUUCGGCGCGCGAUCAGCUGCCCACUUCGCCAACAAAUUGCCUGAACUGUUCGCUUAAAUUGGACUGCGUUUAUCAUCGACGGCAAUUUGAAUGCCGCAUACUCUUCACUUGGAAUAUGGAGAGCGGUGAUUGGGAGGUACUGGACUAUGGUGAGUUGCACGAGUAUAAACAAUCAGAUAUAUUGAGUCCGAUCAAACGUUGUGGCCGCACGCCGAUCACUUUGUCGCAGACGGCGAAGAAACUUGCCAGCGAGAUGACCGCCAGCCUCGGCAAAAUUGAACAGAAUUAUACAUGUAAUCUACGCGUGCUCGACUCGAAUAUAAAAAAGUCUAAAUUGAGUGUUGCCGAUCAUGAUAACGCCAUCGAGCUGUGCUUGAAGCGGCCACGCGGCAGCAACGGCAAUGAUGAUGCUUGAGCAACAGUAGCAAGAAUAACAAUAACAACAACAAAAAGCCAUUGCUGUUGUUUGUGCUGAUAAAUAUUUCAAUAUACAAAAACAUACUUUGAGACUGAAUGCUGACGUCAGAUGGAAAGUGCUCUGGUAGUGUGUGAGCCAAAAUGCUCAAGUCACUUAGUUGAAAAUAGUUUCGAACGUAUCAAAAGACUAUAACUAAUUAAAAAAAAAAUAUGCUGUAAUUUUUUACUAUUAAUUAGACUGUUAGAUAUGAAUAUUUCAAUUUGAUUAGUAAUUUUGUGAUUAAUUAACUUUCAAUUGUUAGAAGUCGGAAAUUUCCCAUUUAAAUAUUAUUUAUAAUUGCGUUGAGCUUUGCUUAUCGCUCGGGUGUAAAUUUCAAAAAAUUAUAAUAUCUAGCUGUGGAAUAACUUUGGUUGCCUUUGAUAAAUAUAUGUAUGUUGCUAAUUUCAUAUAAAAAUUUAAA